UGUCAUCCUCCCCCGGUCAGACCUCACGUUCUCUGUCAUCAUGGCUCCGGCAGCGGACAGGCCGGGAUACUGGGGAACACCGACCUCAACUCUCGACUGGUGUGAAGAGAAUUAUGUGGUCUCGUAUUACAUCGCAGAAUUCUGGAACACGGUCAGUAACCUGAUAAUGAUCCUCCCUCCUAUUUAUGGAGCCAUUCAAACAUGUAAAGAUGGCUUGGAAGUACGCUAUGUGUGGUCAUUUUUAGGACUUGCUGCUGUUGGUAUUGGUUCAUGGAGCUUUCACAUGACACUACAGUAUGAAAUGCAGCUACUGGAUGAGCUUCCGAUGAUCUACAGCUGCUGCAUCUUUGUUUACUGUCUGUACGAAUGCUUCAAGCAAGAACGUGCAGUUAACUAUUUCUCAAUAACACUUUUGCUGACCUUCAGUAUUUUUGUUAGUGUGAUUUACCUCUUGUGGAAAGAGCCCAUCUUUCAUCAGGUCAUGUAUGCUUUACUGGUGGCUUUCUUGGUGAUUCGGUCUAUUUUCAUAGUCACAUGGGUCUAUCCAUGGCUCAGAGGGCUCUGCUUUACAUCUUUAAGUGUCUUUCUGUUAGGAUUUGUGUUAUGGAACAUCGAUAAUAUCCUUUGUGACUCUCUAAGAGCCACACGGCAACAGAUGCCCCCUGUGAUUGGGGCAGUUACACAGCUUCAUGCCUGGUGGCACAUUCUAACAGGCCUGGGGUCAUAUUUACACAUACUUCUCAGCCUUCAGAUUCGGUCAACCUACCUCAAGCACAGACCAAAAGUGAAGUUUUUAUGGGGCAUUUGGCCCAUGCUGCACAUUGAAUCUCAGAAGGCCAGUUGAAAGGGAAAAGAGAGGAGGAAGAUGGACCAAUCACAGACCUCAUACAGAAAGAGGUCUGGCCAAGUAGCUUCAGCGGCAACAGGAAGUCACCAGUGGCUGUCGGUUUGGUUCCCCCAUGCCCUCGUUCCCCUUCCGGUUCUGUUUGCCAACUGCAUUUAUAAAAAAGCUGCCAAAUGAAGGAAAGGGUUUUUUGUUUGUUUGUUUUUAUUAUUAUUAUAGAUGAAAUGAGAGGUUUGUAGUGGUCUUGUGAUUUUUGCACAAUGCAACAACUGUCCUAAAUAAGAGGGUCUAAUUAGCGGUAAUUUGGGCUUGGGGUUAGGAUUUGGGCUGAAAUAUUUGAGAUGUAUAAUAUUUUUUGACAGCAUUAUGGUUUUGAUGAACGAUGUCUAGUCUGUCCUUGCUCUGUCAUAUAACUUAGGUCUGAGAUUUGUACACUCUCUGUUAGUGUUUUUUACUUUGACAAUCAUGUAAGAAAUGGAAAAUUGAGUUUUCAAGGGUGAUGGAUUAGUGUGGACAUGACCAAAGACGAGGUGGUAACUUUAGCAACCUUAUGUCAGCUAUUCCACAAAUUCAUAUUCUGUACUGAAUGUAUUAAUACUAAGGUGGUGAAAUUAUACUACAUAAUGGUAGUGUAAACUUUAAAUGCCACUCUACAUUUAUAGAUGAUGAAGGUCAGUUAAAACAAAUCAGAACAUGUAAUGGGAGUUAAUGCAUUUGGACAAGAGUGUGAUCUGUGUUUUUCCUCAUUUCAGUCUGGAAAAUCCACUGAAACUUUUGGCAAUGCAUUUCAUGCAAUAAUGUUAAUAACAUAUGGUCAUUUUAUUGUGUGUUUUCAGAGAUUGCAUGUGUUUUAUGUCCUGUUUCUUUAAACAAGGUACAACAUUUGGUAGCAUGUUACAUAAGUGUCCAUGUUGCAUAAAGUACAUAUUAAUAUAAUUAGUUACAGCAUGGUUAAUUAACAAUAGUCGCAAACAGCUCCAUAAUCUAAGUACAUCUUGUUCAUAAAUAACUGCUCAGUACAUACAUACAUUGUAACAUGAACACUAUUGUUAAGUGUGACCCAGUAUUUUCCUCUUAAACAUUUGAAGCCGCUCAUGCCAUCAAUAUGCAAUGGGAUUAUUUUAUUUAUUCUAAAUUAAGGGAUAUUGGUUGUGAUAUGAAAAAAGUGUUAACAGGAACAGGUUUUUGUACUGAAGGAGUUAUCAUGUGUAAAUUAACACUGAGCCGCUGAGAUAACAAGAUACUCAAAUGCUUUACUUGAUGUUGCUCCUUUAAAAUUGCAUGCAUGUAAAUAAAAAA